GUAACGACAACAGCAACAGUUCAUAACGUAGCGCGCGCAAAUCAACAUCUCGAAAAUAAAACGGAAAAUAUCACGCAAAAGUGGAAUAAAACACAAAAACAAACAAAUCGAGAAAACAGUUACAGUUCUUCAGCCAUCUCAGCGAAACUCAAUCAAAAUGAGCUGCGGAAUCUCUAUGGUCAAAUAUAUACUAUUUAUAUUCAAUUUGCUGUGCUCGAUAUGCGGCAUCUUGUUGAUUGUGUUCGGUGCACUGCUUUUCAGCAAUAUUCACAACAUCGAUGACUUUGCGGAGGCGCUGCGCACCCAACAAGUGCCCAUCACAAUGAUUGUGCUGGGCACGGUGAUAUUGCUGAUCUCCUGGUUUGGCUGCUGUGGCGCCAUUCGCGAAUCCUACUGCAUGUCCAUGACGUACUCUGUCUUGCUGUUUGUGCUGAUGAUUGGACAACUGGCGCUGGUCGUCUAUAUGUGGCUGCAGAAGGACAAAUAUCUGAUCAUUAUGGGCGAUGUGGUUGAGAGGGCCUGGGAGCGACGAACACGCCGUGCCGACUACAUGGAUGCCAUACAGAUUAGUAUGGAGUGCUGCGGUCGGAGCAGCUUUGCAGACUAUACCUAUCAGGGCUAUUUCCCGCCCUCAUGUUGCAAGGACACGAACAAUUGCCACCAGGAGACCGUCUUUCGUCGCGGCUGCAAGCAGGCCUUCGUGGAAUUCUGGGACAGAAACAGCGAUAUCAUCAAGUACACCGGCCUUGUCAUUGCCGCCAUUGAAUUUGUCGGCUUUGUGUUUGCCUGCUGUUUGGCGAACAGCAUUCGAAACUAUAGACGCCGAGCGGGCUAUUAAUGGCCCUUCGGAAAUUGGGUCCUGGACAUUAAGGCCUUACUAAUUUUAAUGAAAACCGAAAGUACGAAUUAUGUUGCCCAAUUUUUACAAAAAUCAUACAUAUAAACAAUUUUAUUUUAAUAAUUCAGAUGGCCAUUUCAAUAUUGACAUCGAUUAUUUUUUUAUUAUGCACUUUUAAAAAUUAAAAUUCUGUUGAAAUUUAUACUCUUAAUCCAUGCACUGUUUUCCAUAUAAUUGUGCUAUUUUUUCUUAUACAAAUAAAAUGUAUAUGUAACAACUUUUUAAA